AUGACUAAGGCAGUUAUAUUUAGUGACUUUGAUGGUACCAUCACUACCAAAGACUCCAACGACUUCCUAGCAGAUAAGUACGGGUUUGGCGGCGAAAAGCGUCACGAGCUGUUCGCAGGGGUUCUUGAGGGUAAUAAGUCUUUUCGUGAUGCCUUUGGUGAGAUGUUAAAUAGCAUCUCAGCACCUUUAGAUAAAUGCAUUGAAACACUGGUAGAAACCAUCGAACUCGAUCCAGGGUUUAAGGAAAUGUAUGAGUGGGCUCAUUUCGAAGGAAUUCCUAUAAUCAUUGUCAGUAGCGGUAUGAAACCGCUAAUCGAAGCGAUACUCAAGCACCACUUGGAUCCUAAAGCAGUUGCUAACAUCGACUUAGUUGCGAAUGACGUACAUGUAGAAGAGGAUGGGUCAUGGAAAAUCGUGUUUCGUGAUAAAUCUCCUGAAGGCCACGACAAGUCCAAGACAAUUUCCCAUUAUAAAGCGAGGUUUGCCAACCAGGAGCAGCCUCCCAUGUACUUCUAUUGCGGGGACGGCGUCAGCGACCUUAGCGCAGCCCGGGAGUGCGAUUUAUUGUUCGCCAAGGAAGGGAAGGACUUAAUCAAGUACUGUGACAAGGAAAACGUACCCUACCACGUAUUCAGUUCUUUCGACGACAUCCUAAAAGUAACAAAGCUAGUGAUAGAAGAAAAGCAUGAUAUUAGAGAAUUCAUCGACAAGGCUAGUAGUUCCUGA